ACACCGUGCAACCGUAGUAGUAUCGCUUUUUGUUUUAUUUUAUUUAUUUAUUUAUUUUUUUGUUUUUUAUUUUUGUUUUCGUUCGCUCGGUGGUACCGGUCGCCCUUCUUCCGCGUUGAUGUAUAGUGUCCGCAUCAGUGAGAGUUAAACAUUGUUAUUAUUAUAUUUGUUGGUAUUGAUUAAAAGUGUCUUUAAUGAGGAAAAAUUGGUACUAGUGGUUGUUUGAACAGCCAUAAUAUUUAUAAGUGCUGAGAUAAUAAAUCGUUUCAUGGAUUACCUUGGAUGAAACUAUCAAGACAACCCUACAGCUAGUCACACAGUUCCAAAGAAGGAUAUUUUAAGAAAAAAAACCUUUCCGAAUAUUUACUGAUUUAAAACUAAAUUGUUGCUAAAACUGAAUAAUUGCUAAAAAUAUUCCACACUAACAAUGAAGUGCUGGAACGUGUUUUAACAAAACAAGAAUAAUUCAGAUCAUACAACAAAAAGUGAAAUCUUUGGCUGUGAUUUUCGGUAAUAUUUACAUUAACGUUCGGAUAGUUUUAGUGACUUUCGAAUAUUUAAUUGAUUGUAAAUACAGUCGCGGUUCGGACUUAUUUAGUGCCAUAUUCGAAUAACCUCAUACGGGAUUCAAGAUGUUGAACUGUACGGAUCUGGAAUGCAUUUUGCACCAUCACCACUAUUACGCUCAUCUGCAUCAUUUGAAGCAUGGAACUCAUGUGGAUGAAGCAAUGUCCAACGAGGGAGACAGCUACAGUGAGGAGGGCAUACAGGGGGCUCCAAAUGAUACAGAUGCUGACGUAUCAAAUCUAUCACAUUUAGAUGGUCCCAAUGAAAGCUUAUACAUGAUCAGCGGAGUAUGCGUUGCCAUGCUACUUGUGGGUGUCAUUAUCAUUCUUUUAGCAGUCACUAUCAGCAAACUUCGCAAACGCGAAGAGCACUCGAACUCAGUCCACCCCGUUCCUGACGCUACGACAACCGUAGUACUGCAGACCACGACGGUGGCAGCAACUGUUGUGACUACUAAUGGAACCACCCCCGUAGCAACUGCCGGACAACCCCAACGUACCGAACCGAAUGAUCCGUUGGCUUAUCGGGGGCAGUUUUUGUGGGCCUUCCCACCGCCCCCUGCUGAAAGGAUUUUGUACAAUAACGAACAGAAGAACAUUGUGCAAACGACCAACAACGACCGGAGCGGUUUCGUGAGGGGUUUCCGGAAAAAUCUUGGAGGCAGAUGGCGCCGUUUGGUCAAGAAGAAGCCCACCACCGAGAUCUACACGAUACCAGCUGAAUUAAAGCCGCAGCUGAAGCAAAUCUACGUUUAUUAACUGGUUUCGAGUUGAUCUGGGGGCUUCAAAAUGUGAUUCCCGAGAGCUGAAAAGACUUUGGUCUUUGUAUAGCGGCAGUUAAAUCUUUUCUUCUUGGGUUAAGCUACUUCUAAUGGAGAGGCCUGACAAUCUGUAUGCAUAUCUUAUCAGGUCAAUAUAACGAAGGGUAGUUUUAAAAAUGAGACUGAUUUUUAGGAAUAUUCGCCUAUACACACUCUGACAUAAUUAGAUUUAGUGUUAAAUUGUAAAUAUGAGGGUUCAAAAUAACAAAAAAAAGAAUAUCAUUUUGAGAUGUGUGUAAUACUGUAUUGUGGCUUGAUGUGCUGUUGCAUUCUUUGCAAGAAAUGUGGUAAAUCCCUCUGAGGAUAAAUGUAUUGAUUGUAUAAACAAAAUGAUAUUUGUUCUGUAUACAAAAAAAUGCUUCAAACUAGAUAGGGAAUUAUUGCUCAUAUUGAGCUGCUACGGAACGUUUUAUUUUUCUUUUAAUUUCGGACUUUAUUAUUGCAUGUAAUCAACCUUAGAUGUGCCUAUAAAACUUCUGUUACAUAAAGAAAGAAGGCUCAUGUCCUCUUUUUUAUUAAAUAUCAUAAGCCUAGUCAAGCUACAAUAGACAAUUUAGUGUUUUUUCCCUUAUAUACUACUAUUAUUUUAAGAUAAAUUAUUUUUCUCUUCCUCAGUAUUAUGGAGUUUGUUAAAUGAAAAGUUUAAAUAGUAAUUUUUGUAAGCCCGUAACGCGCUGGCGCAGUAUAAAUAUGAAUUGCUCUCGAAAAGUUUUUUUUUUUGUCCGUUUCGCUAUUAUAAUCAUUAUUUUGACCGUGGAAAAACAUUUCUGAAAAGCAAUAAUGUAACAUUUUGAAAUGUGUAUUAUAUUGUUAUAUUUUGAAAAGUA